AUGGACAGAGAAAGACAGCACACAGUCUACACUCAUUUCAUCAAGCCAUUCCUUUCAAGAAACGACUCAUCAGAUCCUGGCUGUGUCUCAUUUGACGGAGAUAGUGAAGAGUGGCUACGGGCAAACCUUGGCGGCUUUUCUGGUUUUGCAACCCUACAGGAUCUGCAAGCCCUAAAUGCCAACUUCUCCAGUGCCGAAUCGUUGUCAGUGCUCACUCCUACUCAGGUGGCACAGUUUACACUGAGCUCAGGGGCCUUGAAUGACACAAACCAAAUCGACCGUGUGUUUGACCGUCUGGAGGAGGGCAAUGCUCUGGAAAAUGUGGACGAAUUCCUGACGGAGCUUGCGGCAGAAGAAAAGGAACCUGAUUUCCAGCCUCCUGUCAGAGAUCGUGUAAUGAAUAGGACCUUCGCCAUCAUCAGUCCCCAUUUCCCGCAAUUUGAGGAAGCUGACUGGUUCAUGUGGUUCCAUGUGACACUGGUUACUUUCCUUCCAAGUUUCAGUCCAAUGAUGCUGAAGAAUGCAACCUCAGACAUAAACUGCACAAACUACCAUGUUGUUGUGAGUGGGUUGGCCAAAGCUCACCCUGCAAUGAGCCUACCUAGACGACAAGGAAUCACAGAAGUUCUUCUUGGUUACUUAAGACAAUCUGCCAGUGUCAUCAACAAGCCAGUUUGCAGACAGGGAAUUCAGAGUGAUGCUGAAUGGCUUCAAAUAAACCUGGGCCCCUUUUCCCAAUACACAACAUACGCUGACCUCAAAGCUUUCAACCUCUCUGAGGCGACAGUACUAGACUCUCUGUCUUCAGCACAAAAAGCGGAAUUGCUCCUUGAACCAAAGAAAUUGUCAAAUGAAACCCUUGUGAGAAUUGUGUUCACAGAACUUACUGCGUCAUCACGUGUGGAAGACCUUGGCUCUUUCUUUGACAGAUUUGUUAGUGGUGCUGCAGAGCAAAACCUGACAACCAUUGACCCAAGAGUGCGUAACACCAUUCUAAAUCUGACACUAGUUGCACUUGGCCCAGAACUAUCCAUGCUAGAUGCUGAGGGAUUCAAGUUAUGGUUCCAGGUCUACCUACCCCUGUUCCUCCCAGGCAUCAUGUCAAGCACAUUUGAAAUCAUUCCACGGAAUAUCAGCUGUGACUCAUAUCAAGAGAUUGUCAAGGGUUGCAACAAUGUUUUCACUCACCUCUCCGUGAGGCAGACCCAACAGGUUUUUGCAUUCAUAAUGGACUUUCUUCGGACACAUUCCUCAUCAGGUCGCUCCUGCAUUGAACCUGUAAAUGAUGACAGACGUUGGCUCAAAGACAACUUUGGUCAGUUCCGUGUGCAUGCCUCCUACAUGGAUUUUGUGACCCUGAAGAACAAUUUUAAUGGAGUGGAGGUUGCAGAUCUUCUUACUAUCAGUCAGCUGGCCCACCUUGCAGCAACUCCCUCACAGCUACAGGACAUGGAAGACGUGACAGAAAUUAUGACAGCCAUUGACCCUGUUGACUUUGGGACUUUCUUUGACACAGUCUCACCAGCCAUUGAGGAACACCCAGUCAACUACACAGAGGAGGUGAAAUCUGCCUUCCUCCAGGCAGUAAUUGACAGAGGGGAUCUGUCCUCCUCGGCCAUCAAUGACACAGAGUUCCUGCAGUGGCUCAGGAUUCGACUGAGCCCUCUGGUGGUUAAUCUCUCUCCCAGCCUGGUGACACCUUUAUUUGACAUCGGGAAUAACAGGAGUUGUAACAGCAGCCAAGAGUUGAUUAAAUUGCUGGACGCACAACACUUGACACUCAGCAAUGACACCCAAAAGGAAAUUGGCAAAAGCAUCCUCCUCUUCCUCCAAGGUCCAACACCCCUCAAGUGUUACAGUGGUGGAAGCUUCUACAACUAUUUGAGAAACACUUUUCUCAGCUUUGAUUUUCCAGAUUUGUCGAUGUUCACAUCUCUCCUGCCACAGACACGCGAGUCAGAGCUCCUCAGUACCAUCAGCACCUCAGAGCUGAAUCAGUUCCUCAGUCAACCCAAUGUGAUUGAUAAAGACUCUGACAUCUGUGUCAUCUUCAACAACUACAACAACACUCCUGCUUUCCUUGAAACUGAGGAUGUGCCAGAUGAUGUGAAGGAGGACAUCCUCCCCUGUGUUUGGCCUUUGGCGCUGAGCAGCAACAGCAGAGCCGAGGUUAACGCCUGGUUUGACCAACGGUUGACAAACUAUCUUAGAUUCCUCAGAAAGAGCCUCAUCAGCUCCAAUGAAGUGCAGAAUGCUUCGUGUCUUGCCUUCCAGAAAUUUGUCUCUGUACUGGGAAAUAACUUCACAUACAACAACUCUGAAUUUGGACAGCAGGAUGUAUACACCACCAUCAGUACAUACUUGAUGACUGGCUCUGAAGCCAGAUGCUACAAUGCCAGUGAUGCAGAACUAAAUUCUACUGCCUGGUUUGCCAAUUACAUCGGCAGCUUUGUGUCAUUUGUCACUGUGGAUGAUCUCACCACCUUCACCUCCACCAGUCAAGCUGGAGUGUUCUUAGUGGACAAAGCCAACCUGGAGCUCUUUAACAACACAGCAAUCCCAGAAGAUGUAACAGACCUCUACAUCUCAAAGCUUUAUGAAUUCAACCCAACCUUCAAACCUCUGAAGCUUCCAGGCUUUUUCUUGUGCUCUGAUGAGGUCCCAAGUUCAGCAUAUUCUUCUGUGAAUGAAGAAGAGACGAUACUCGUGUUAAAUGAGCUGGGUGACUUCUGCAAUGGAACAGAGGAUCCUGAGGUAUCUGCUGCUCUGGCAUCUAACAUCCAGACCUUCACGCCAGAUACGUUUAAGAACCUGGGCAGCGCCAGCUCAGGCCUAACCAGCAGCCAGAUCACUUCUAUUUCUCCAUCAGUGCUGGUUUCCUCUUUGCCCAGCCUGAGCUCAGUCAGCACCUGGAACCAGGAGCAGGCCACCAUAAUCAUCCAGACCAUAACUGCCUCAGGCUUCCUGAUCAACAGUGGAUCCUCCCUGGAAUCCCUUGGCACACUUCUUGCUGGAGUUCCAUCUCAGUCAAUACAAGAAAUCUCAGCCUCUGAGCUAGCCACCAUCUCCCAAAGCAGCACGUUUGUUUCCAACAUGCUGGCAGCCCCAACAGUCAUCCAGCAGACCUACGUCCAAAAGGUCAUUUCUGUGGACACAAAUCCGGUAAGCGUGGUGCAGAAUGUUCCUGAUUCCUUGGCAACUGAGAUUCCACCUUCCCUGCUCUUGUUCUCUGAUGAGACUGCAGAUAUCAGUGUGAUUAACAAAAAGGAAUGGACAGGAUCUCAGGCCGCCAUGUUUUUUGGAACACUGGCUGAAACAAACUUUGACAUCGAACAACUUAGCCCAUCUGUGCUUCAAGGCUUCACGUGCACAUCAGUCAAGAGAAUGACAAAAACCAGGAUCCGGAAGCUGAUCCGUUCAUGUAGGCCGAGGAGAGGCAGAGCCAAGGUGCAACUGCAGGAAUCACAGCUGACAUGCAUGUACAACCUACUCAAUGGUAACAUAUCCCAGACCUUCACAGAUUACCCCUCAGACAUGCUUCUCUACCUAGACACGAAAGAUGUGAAGAGUGCCAAUUGCAGGUCAUACUUUUCUGCAGUGGGCACUGCAGACUUCUCUGUGGCCUCCAGCAUUUUGAACAAGAAUUCACUGCUACUCAGUGAAGCCAGGACCUGCUUGGGUAUAAGUGGUGUCAGUCUGAGCAGUGAUAACGUGGAGGUGCUGGGAAACAUGGCCUGCACCCUGGACAGUUCUUACAUCCAGAAUUCUGAUCCUCUCAUUCUUGAAAAACUUAAAUCCUGCAAGGACUUCUCUGCCAGCCAGGUGGAUGCCAUGGAGACACUGCUGCUGUCCGGGAAAACACGAUAUGGUAACGUAACCACCUGGAACAGGCAAACACUGGGAGACCUUGGGAGCCUACCUCUGUAUUUAACAAGAAACUUCUGGGGCCAGUUCAAAACUUCAACAAAGAGAAGGUUCUUCAAGACCUAUAUGCCCAAACUGAGGAAAAGAAAGACAAAGAAGACAAAGCUCAAGGCGUUGUUUACAGAGGCCAGCGCUGUGAGGGUCAGACGAGGAGCAGGUUGCAUGGAAGGUAACAUAACCCAGGUGACAGUCAGCGACAAUGCCUUCCCCUUUGGCUAUGAUCAGACUCAAUUUGACCUCUGCCUGGACAUUCCUGUCCUGAAGGACAACCUGAACUCUAUCUGCGAGAAAGUGGAUGACAAUGACCUUCAGUUAAUCAUUCUCAAGAAACUCAACCAGGCAUACCCAUCAGGUGUUCCUGAGGAGAAAGUUCAGGUGCUCGGUUCAGUGUCUCGUGUGGCAUCACUUGAUGACAUAUCCAAGUGGACCAUCACCAAAGUUGAUACGCUAACAGCGCUCAUGAAUUCUGACGAUGGAUCAUGGGAGGCAGCAAAGAGCAAAGCAAUCAUCACCAAGUAUCUGGAUACUCCUGGGAACUCCCUGGGCAGCACCGAGCUGAACAGUAUUGAUUCCAACCUGUGCUCAUUAGACACCAGCACACUGAACAACAUCACCGCAGACAGCAUCAGAAAUGCCAAACCUCUGAAUUUGGAAUCAUGUUCAUUGGAACAGAAGAAAGUCCUGUAUGAAAUCAGUAAAACUGCCUUCAGCUCAGAGUUUUCCAAUUCCACCAUCUAUUACAAUUUAAUUAAGUCCUAUCUAGGUGGGGCACCUGUGGAAGAUGUAAUACAACUGUCAACACAGGGCAUCAGCAUGGACAUAGCUGUUUUCAGUAGUCUGGAUUCUAACGUGAUCUCUAGUUUGAACGUGACCCAUGUGAGAGGCCUCGUUGGUAGCCAUCUACAAGAUCUGAAGUUGUUUGAGAACGAUACCGCCGUUGAGAUGUGGAGAAACAUGCAGACCCAGACAGACCUAGACACAUUAGCUGUCGGCCUGACCACCACCAGAGCCACCCCGACCACUGCAUUACCCAGUUCCACUGCACCACCCAGGAGCACCAAAGCUCCUACAACAGCUGCAGGCAGCACAGUGGCUUCAACACAGGCAAAGACAACCGGUGCAAACACAACCCGGGCCCCAACAACAACACCAGCAAAGACAACCGGUGCAAACACAACCCUGGCCCCAACAACAACACCAGCAAAGACAACCGGUGCAAACACAACCCUGGCCCCAACAACAACACCAGCAAAGACAACCGGUGCAAACACAACCCUGGCCCCAACAACAACACCAGCAAAGACAACCGGUGCAAACACAACCCUGGCCCCAACAACAACACCAGGAAACACACUUGGCUCAAAUACAACCCUGGCCACUACAGUGAAAACAACACAAGCAAAGACAACCGGUGCAAACACAACCCUGGCCCCAACAACAACACCAGCAAAGACAACCGGUGCAAACACAACCCUGGCCCCAACAACAACACCAGGAAACACACUCGGCUCAAACACAACCCUGGCCACUAUAGUGACAACAGCACAAGCUAAUACCACAAGUGGGGUAACAAAGCUUGCCAAACAACCAACAUCCAUACUCCUGGCUGCUCUGCUGACAACUGUGCUGCAAAUACUGCAACAACCAGUCUAAAUACAUGUGUGACUUACUAAUCAUACUAAUCAAUAAUCAGUAACUAUUAAAUUUUACCUAACACAUGUUGAGAGCAGGAUUUCUUGAUAUUAUUGUGACUUAUCUAUUCAAGCCUAAGGGAAAUUGUAUUAUUGCUAUUGCUUAACUUCUGCUUUACGCUAUCCCUUCAUGUGUAGAACUACGUUAUUUUACAAUCACAGUGAUUACAAUAAUGUUUUAUGUGGUGAUCUGGAUUAUACUCAUACUGGGGUUUUAAAAUUAAGUACUGCCAAUAAUGAUACAUAUGCUCCAUCAUUUUUAAAAGCUAAGGUGAAUGAUAAAUAGAGAGAUUUUAAAUUGAUCGCCUUAUCUAUUAUCAUGACUUAAGCUGCACUGCUAUUCCUAAAAUUAAUAAAGGCAUAUUAAUUAAUA